GCAACGGGAGUUUGAUUAUACAGUUCGCCGUGGAAGAUUUAUCUUCAAUUUUUGUCGUUAGACGGGGCCUAAUCUCACAUUUAUCGCAAACAGAGAUAUUGUUUAUCGUCGGUUGUUUUAUGUUGUUCAUUCUGUGUCUUUAUAGUUAGUUUGUGCUCACUGACGGAGACAGAUGGCGGCUGAUUUAAUCGUGUUAGUCAAUUAGCUUGCUAGCUAACGUUAGCACGUCGAGCUAAUCUCUUCGCUGAAAGUAAUCCCAACAUUGAAUGGCUUCUUCGUUCUCGUUUUAUUCAUCUUGAAAGAAGCAGUCUGAACAACCUUUAGGAAUCAAGCAGACAGUUUUCUUGGUCGAAAAGCAUAACUGGAAUAUUAUCUAAACGACUUUGAAAUUAAAAGAAGAUGGAGCUCCACCUACAUAGACUCGAUUAUACUCAGGUUGGUGUGACAUCCCAGAAAACUAUGAGGUUACUUCCAGCGUUGGGAAAAAAAUCAACCCAAAAGGUUGCCAUAGCUGAUCAUGAUGGUGUAGUUACAUGCUUUGGGAUGAAGAAGGGAGAAGCAGUGCCUGUGUUUAAAACGCUCCCUGGAGCAAAGGUAGCCAGAAUGGACCUUGGAGGUGCAGAGGGAACUCCCCAGGAGAAGAUCUUUGUCUGUUCUGGUUCUCAGGUUCGAGGAUUCACUAAGAAAGGAAAACAGUUCCUCACCUUUGAGGCCAACCUCACGGAGAGCAUUAAUGCCUUGCAUGUCUCAGGAGCUGACCUUUUUGUCUGUGCAAGUUACAUCUACAACCACUACUGUGACUGCAAGGACCAAGACUACUUCCUUUCUGGAGACAAAAUUAAUGACAUCACAUGUGUAUCCUCAGAAAAGCUUCCUCACCUCAUCCCUGUGUUAGCUUGCCAAGAUCGAGUUCUCAGAGUCUUACAGGGAUCUGAACUAUCUUAUGAUAUUGAAGUUCCCGGCCCUCCAUCUGUUCUGGAACUUUUUAAUAAAGAUGGAGGAGAGGAAGUCCUUUAUGGAACCACUGAUGGAAAAAUUGGACUGGUUCAGAUUGGUGACUGUGAUGCUGCAACCAAAUGGGAGAUUGGAAAUGAAAAAAGGAAAGGAGGAAUUCUUUGCAUUGACACUUAUGACAUCAUUGGCGAUGGUGUGAAUGACAUCCUGGUGGGCAGGGACGAUGGGACAGUUGAAGUCUAUGGUUUUGACAGCUCCAGAGAGCCUACAUUACGCUUUGAACAUGUGUUGACAGAGAGUGUGACCUCCAUCCAAGGGGGCUGUGUGGGGAAAGAGUCGUAUGAUGAGGUCUUAACUGCCACCUAUACAGGAUGGGUGACUGGGCUGACCUCUGAACCCCAGAGGGCCGAGGCUGUACAAGGAGACGAAGUCAGAUUGAGCAAGGAGACCCAGUCUAAAAUAGAAGCACUCAGUGCAGAGCUCGAGCAGCUGCAGGUUAAAGUUCUUCAGGGGCGUGAGCAAUACCAACAGUCCAGUCAGUCCAGCACAGCCGUCUCUGCUGUGCCUGUUUUCAGCAUCAAUGACAAGUUCACGCUCUGCCAGGAUGACGCCAGCUACAGUCUCACUCUGGAAGUGCCGACGGCCAUCGAUAACCUACUCUUGCAGAGUGAUGUCCCCAUAGACCUGCUGGAUGUAGAUAAGAACUCAGCCGUUGUCAGUUUCAGUGAAUGCGACUCACAGCAACCUAAUGGAAACUUCCUCCUGGCCACAUACAGAUGUCAAGCUAAUACAACCAGACUUGAGCUUAAGGUGAGAUCCAUUGAGGGACAGUAUGGGACCCUGCAGGCUUACAUUACACCCAGGCUGCAGCCUAAGACCUGCCAGGUUCGACAGUAUCAGAUCAAACCGCUUUCUCUGCACCAGCGGACACACAGCAUAGACCCAGACAGGCCAAUGAACCAACUCAGUCUGGUGGGGCAGUUCAGUUUUGCUGAAAUUCAUUCCUGGGUGGUUUUCUGUUUGCCAGAGGUGCCUGAAAAAACACCUGCAGGGGAGAGUGUGACCUUCUACUUCCACAACACGUUCCUCGGCACACAGAUUGAAGCCACAUACUGCAAAGGGGAGGGUACCUUUAAGUCAGACAACAUUUCUACCAUCUCCAUCCUCAGAGAUGUUCUCUCUAAAGAGGCGACCAAAAAGAAAAUAAAUCUAAAUAUUUCAUAUGAUAUAAAUGACGACUCAGUCAGUCAUACUCUCCGGAUGAUCCAUCCAAAACUGGAGUACCAGCUACUGUUGGCAAAGAAAGUUCAGCUUAUCGAUGCUCUCAAAGAGCUCCAGGUACAUGAGGGGAAUGCUGAUUUCCUAAUACCAGAGUACCGCAGCAUCUUGGACGAGUCUGCCAAUCUUCUGGAGGAGUACAAGAAGCAGCCAGCACACCUUGAUAGGCUCUAUGGGAUGAUCACUGAUCUUCUUAUUGACAAAUUCAAGUUCAAGGGCAAGAAUGUGAGAACAAAAGUAUCAUCAAUGCUGCAGAUACUUGACCAUUAUGACUUAAAUUCACUAUUAGACUUUUUCAGUGAACCAUGAAGUCAGACAAACCAGAAAUUUAUAUUUUUCUGUUUUAUCUCUGGGCUGCUUUGUCCUGUAAUCACAUCACAGAAUGGUAAUUAUCCAACACUGAUGUUUAUGUUGUUUCAAAUUAUGGUCUUUUAUUGUAUUUAGAAACUAUUUAUAAAUAUAAUAUUAAUAUUGCAGAAUAAUAAAAUAUUCAAUCUUUUGA